UCUAUCUAUGACAACAUCUCUCAGAGUAGGCAGAUACAGACACAUUUCCUGCUCAGGAGUUUCGUGUGUCAGUCUCAGUCAUUGUCAACAUGUCUGCUGUCGGCCUGAAGCUCGUAACCCUCCUCUGCUUCUCCUGCACGGCCCUGAGUGACCCAGAAAGGAGCCGAGUGGUGUGGAAAAAAGCUGGAGAAACCACCACCAUCGAGUGCAGGACGUCUGACAUAGUUCCAGACUUCUUGGAUCUGUGCAGGGGUUUCUGUGAGAACGAUAAAGUCCUUCACAUGACUUCAACAAAAGUUAGUCCUCUGCCAGCACUCAGAGACAGGGUUCACGUCAAUGGAGUAUAUCCCAAUGUGGACAUUUCAAUAGAAAACUUGACUUCUGCUGACACAGCGCCAUACUGGUGUGUGUACAAGAAAGUUGUCGGCACCAUAAUAAAGGAGAAGUCCGGAGGAUCUGUCUACCUGGUGGUGGAAGAAGAUCGGGGUGGGUCUGCCGAUGGAAAACAAGCAUGUGAAACAGAUCAACAGCUGGUGGUGACUGUUGUGAUCUCUGCUGUUGUGCUGUUUGGCUUCAUGCUGGGCUUCUUCCUCUGGAUCACCCUCAAGACCAAGACGUUUCGCCCGUCAGAGAAACCGAGACGUGUCCCCAACAAUGAGGUUUACGAGGACAUGCGCAGCACCAUCAGACGCUGAGGACGCCUGGAACCUGAGACCAUUCAGCCUCCGCUCCACUGGGGCGCAGCUGAAGUGAUGCGUGCGAGGCAGUGCAGCAACUCAGCAUGUUUUAUAUCAGGUCUCUUCAGGAUGUCAGUGUGUCAGUGAGAAGCUGCAGAGACAUUGCUAAAUUUGAAGAAGGUGCAAGGAAGCAGAACAGGUCGUUAUGGUUCAGCUGUGAAACACAAACAUCACAAUUUGAAUAUGGUUCUGUGAAUAAUGUAAAUACAUCUUCUUUAAUGUCAGUAUGUUUUUUUUUAUAGUUUUGUAAAGUUUAUACCGUGAUGACAGAUGAUUUAUUGUUUUAACAAAAUACAUUAAUUUUCAUUUGAAUGCCAUGUGAGAUAGGUGCUAUGUAUUUUUUGAUAAUAACUGCAAUUUGAUAUGCAAUCAAUAAACUUUUUUAUGUUU